GAAGGUCCAAGGAGAUGGCCGGAAUGUUGGGAAAGUGGCGAACUUCUUUCCAACUUAUCUCGCGGUCAUUUUACGGUUUAACUCCAUAUCUUACUCAAAUAAGAAGCAGAGUAUAUAAUGCUCAUCUUUCAAGUCGUGCACGUAGCAGUGUUUCAAAACAACUAACACUAAAAGCAGGUUUAGCAAGUGCAGUAGUCGGUUCUGUGGUAUGGUGUUACUCUUCGGGACGUGGCCAGUCUGAAAAUUUAUGCCAUUUCGCCAAAGAAAAUCGAAGCAAAGAACUAGAACAAUUGUUAUCAGAAGGUGGAUGUGAUGUUAAUGAAACACAUUCUUUAGGAUGGACCGCACUACAUGUAGCUGCAAUGAACGACAGCGUAAGGGCAAUGAAACUACUGUUGCAAGCUGGUGCUGAUCCAAAUAUGAAAGAUGAAUAUUCUACACCUUUUAAAACUGCUGGAAAAAAGAAAAUGAGAGUCAUGGACGUGAUAAUGAUCCGUGAAGAUGAAUUUUCUCAUCGAUUAAACAAGAAUGCCAAUUUUUGUGGAUUUACCCCUUUGCAUUAUGCCAGUCUCAUUGACAGCUACGAGGGGGUUAAGCUCCUUCUGCAAGAAGGAGCUGAUCCAACCUUGAAAGACGACAGUGGUCACACUGCAGAGGAAUAUACAGAAAACGAAAGCAUAAAAAAGUUGAUUAAAGCAAACAAAGAAGACUUUAUACAGAGGAAGCGCAAACGAGAAACUGAUGAAAGAAGGAAAUAUCCUUUAGAGAAGAGGAUAAAGGAAGCGAUAAUUGGCCAAGAAGGCGCUAUUGCAGUAGUUUCAUCAGCAAUUAGAAGACGGGAAAAUGGCUGGUAUGACGAAGACCAUCCGCUUGUGUUUCUCUUUCUCGGCUCGUCUGGAAUAGGAAAAACAGAACUUGCAAAACAAGUUGCCAAAUAUCUUCAUAAGGAUAAUAAAAAGGGCUUCAUCAGACUGGAUAUGUCCGAGUUUCAGGAAAAACACGAGGUGGCAAAGAUGAUUGGCUCCCCUCCUGGCUACAUCGGUCAUGAUCAAGGAGGUCAACUUACGAAAGCUUUAAAGGAAUGUCCGAAUGCUGUUGUUCUCUUUGACGAGGUUGAUAAGGCUCAUCCUGAUGUACUUACAGUCAUGCUGCAGUUGUUCGACGAGGGAAGGCUGACGGAUGGCCAGGGUGAAACGAUCGAAUGCAAGGAUGCCAUUUUUGUGAUGACUUCAAAUCUGGCAAGCAAUGAAAUCGCUAAACAUGGCCUGAAACUUCGUAAAGAGGCUCGUGAAAUGAUCGAAGAACGAGAAGCAAAAAGUGCAGACGGAAAAUCUGAGAUUGAUUUGUCCUCUGAACACGUCGAAAUUUCAAGGAAAUUUAAGGAAAACGUUGUCCAACCAAUUCUAAAGUUUCAUUUUAGAAGAGACGAGUUUCUUGGUCGAAUUAAUGAAAUCGUAUAUUUCCUUCCAUUUUCACACAGCGAGUUGUUGAAACUCGUUGAAAAAGAGAUGCAGUACUGGAGCAAACGGGCAUUAGAACGUCAUGACAUUACCUUGUCCUGGGAUAAAGAAGUUCUAGCUUGCAUGACAGAUGGUUAUGACGUGUACUAUGGAGCAAGAUCAAUAAAACACGAGGUUGAAAGAAAAAUAGUUAAUCAGAUUGCAGCAGCACACGAACAGGACAUGAUAAGCAGUGGAUGUGCUUUAAAUGUGGCAGUGAAAUAUGAUUAUGGCGAAGAUCAAACCGUGGCAACAGCGAGGAUUGUUCUUGAGGUUAUUGAAAACAACAAGGAAAAGAGAAGGAUUAAAGUGGACGACUAUUAUUCACCAGAACAUACUGCAAUCUUCUGAUUAAAUAUCCGCGUGGAUAAUAUGACGGUCGCAGAAUGAUAUGGGAGGUUAGUCACAGAUAGCGAACUACAUGCCAAUCUACCGAACGGCAGGGAUGUGCAUAGCAUUCUGAUCCUACGUAUAUUGCAACGUGGUGUAAGUCGUGUAUAUCGUCCUCGUGGAUGGAGUCACAGCGAUGUCCAACCUUGAGGUUGAUCAAUUUUUACGCUGGCAAAGAGAACUUAUCGCUUUUAGUUAAUUCUAUAUCAACUCUAAUAUCGUCAUCCAAAGGCCUUUGAAGUUUAAGUGGCGUGCAAAAGUGAGGUUCCUGUCGAAAGGCAUAACAAAAUUCCGUUUUUGCAUGCAACAUCAACACCGCGGGCGGGCGACUUCCACGCGGGCUUAAUAAGCAUAGAUCCGUACAACAAGGCAGCUAAAAACCCCAUC